UUCGUGAAAGAGGAUAAGAUUUUCUAGGGUUUUUUUUGGGAAUGGAAUCGAAUCUUAAAGACAAAGAGGCCAUGGCCCGUCUAUCCGACCCGGAUCCGGAAACCAACCCGGGUAUGCUCUUGAAAGAAGAAGGCGACGACCUAAAUAAGCAACACGAAGUUGGGUUUUUGCAGCCGGUGACUAGUUCAAUCACGGCUCCGAAGAGACCGUCAAAGGACCGUCACACGAAAGUAGAGGGACGUGGUCGGAGGAUCCGAAUGCCCGCCGGUUGCGCUGCUCGGAUCUUUCAGUUGACCCGUGAGCUGGGCCACAAAUCCGAAGGAGAAACCAUUCGGUGGUUACUAGAACGGUCUGAACCGGCGAUAAUCGAAGCAACCGGAACCGGAACCAUACCGGCGAUUGCUGUAUCGGUCAACGGUACUCUAAAGAUCCCGACCGAACCUGCGCCGCAGUUUGAGAGUGACAGUGGGUCCGGGAAACGUAGGAGGAGAAACUGCACGAGUGAGUUCGUGGACGUUAAACGACGAGACAGCUCCGUUACUUCUGGUCUUGCUCCGAUAACGGCGCCGAGUUACGGCGUUAACCUAAUGAACAUUGUUAAUACGCAGAAUUUCGUGCCGUUUUGGCAAACUGGGUUCGUUACUGGUGGGCCGAAUCAAAUGGGUCAUAUGUGGGCCAUACCCACCGUUGCUGCUCCAUCGUUUCUGAACGGUGGUACUAGACCAGUCCCGAGUUAUGUCUCAAACGCUUCGGAUGCUAAGCCACAGAUGGGAACAAGCGGUGGUGGCGGUGACGGCCCAACUCAAACGCUGAGGGACUUUUCGUUCGAGACUUAUGAUAAAAAGGAGCUUCAGUUUCUGGGUGGCUCAGGGGACAACACAUCUCCGUCUUCAUGUCACGAGACUUAAGAAAGUUAUAGUUGGGUGUUUGUCUUGUUCUUAGGGCAGUUUGAUUCUUCCUGGUUGACCAAAAAGGCGUGUAAUGGAGUUGAUAUAACAACUAUUUUAAUUAGGUA